AUGUCUCCUACGAAACGGAAGGUAUCCGACGUACUAGAACAGGAGGACACGCAAGAACGGGCGGCGAAACGUCGCGAAACCACCCAGGCCACGGCCGAGCACCCCAUCCGCAGGCUCUCCUACCCCUCGACCUCCGCUCCCGCGCGCACAGUCCCUUUUCAACAGCCCGCACCCCUCCUGACGUUCUCAUACACCCCCGCACGCGAGCUCGAGUUCACCGACUCCGCGCUACGGUACUACGUCGCGCCCCCGCAUAACGCGGACCUGCGCUAUGGCUACGAGCGGUGGGAGAAGCGGCCGGAGGAGAAGGGCCGGGUUGACGGGCUGCUGAGGGCUGUCGCGAAGAUGCGUGAGCGGAUGGAGAGGGGCGAGCCGGGGAGCGGGAGGAGGUGGCUCGAGGGAGUGGGGGUCGUUGCAUGGAGGGGCGUCAUGACCAAGAUACUUACCGCGCCGUACGAGGAACGGGAUGGGUGGGAGAUGAACGUUAUGGACGUCGGUGGGACGUUGUACUUUGAAGAACACUUGUCGGAUGCGAAGCUCAGGGAUAAAGAAGACAUGGCACCCCAUCACCGCCUACAGUCUUACUAUGGCUACUCAUUCGAGGCAUGGUCGACCUCAAGUCGACCUGGUGUCCGCGAACGAAUGGACGGGCACCCUGAAGGGUGGGGAGGCGACGUGGACACGAACGUCCAGUGGUGUUGCGUUGUCAAGACGAAGCUGGGGGACACUCGGCUUGUUAUUGGAGGCGAAGUGGAUUGCGCGCGAGAGAAGUUCACAGGGAAGACCAACGGUCUAGUUGAGUUGAAGACUUCUAUGGUGAUACGUGGUGCGCAAGAUGAGGCAAGAUUCGAGAAGAAGCUGCUCAAGUUCUACUUUCAGUCAUUCCUCCUCGGCGUGCCCGAGAUUGUUGUCGGCUUCAGGACACCCGCUGGCCAGCUGACUACACUGCAAUCGUUCAAGACGAUGCAGAUACCUCGUAUGGUUCGUGGCAAGCGCGGCGCCUGGGACCCCAUGGUCUGCUUCGACUGGGGCCACCACUUCCUCACGUUCCUCAAGUCUGUGGUACGCGGUCCCGACGCAGACGUACGAGCGGCGGAUCAAGAGAAGGACGAGACUGGGAGCGAGGACGCUGCGGACAUGCCACGGGUGUGGCGAGUGGCGUUCCAACCCAAGGUUGGGAUCAGUGUGACUCUGCUGGACGACGCGGCCGUGCGUGAAGUCGAGGCAGGCGAAGACAGAGUCGGGUUCCUUCCAAGGUGGUACCACGAUGAGUUGGCGAGCGCCAGCGAGAACGACGCUACUGCAAGCAACAUCGCCGAUGGCGCAAUACAUCGAGGGGAUGCAGAUGCCCGUGUCGAGAAGAACACCCAUACAGCGCCCCCAGAUAGCAGCAAACUUGUGCCAUCGGGUUGGGUGACAUGA